GUUGUCAGGUCAUUGCAGCUCCAAGUGGUGCUCUAUUACAAGCUCUGACAUUAGCCUUCUGCUGCUUGAUGAUGAUGCCGCCUAAAAUUAGCUUUCUUGCUCGUUUGCAAUGAUAGCAAUAAAAGACCCAAUCUGAAUGGCACGUCCUUAGAACAAGAUACAAGAUGAUUGAAAGCCUUGUGUUACUUUAACUGUUGAUUUAUGUUUCAUGAAUGCAAGAGGAAAACCUUGAAGCCUCCACGUCCAUUUCUCAGCUUCUGAGGGAGAGCUAUUUAGCUGAAGUCCGGAUACAUCAAGAACACAGCGAGAAAAGCAGGUCAGAAGCUACCUCUCAACAUUUCUAUUAUGGCAGUAAAUCUGGGGUUUCCCAGGAUUUAGAUGGUCAGGAUGAGUCCCCUGACCUGUCUGCAUUUUUGAGUCAGGAAGAAUUGGACAAAAGUGUCAAUUUAGCUCAGGAAGCAAUUGCCCAGUGUUCUCAUGAAGUGAAGAAAGAUGAAAAGCAGAUUAAAGUAACCUGUACCACCAAAGAUGUAUAUGACACUUUGAAACCUGCUGGGAACAGAGAAAUUUUAAAUUCUGCAGGUUCCUCAGAUUUCCCAGAAAAGCUGACCAGUCAACCGUACCACUGUGAGAAUUUCAGCAAAAGACCCAGCAGCUCAAAAGAAAGUCACAGAGAAUUAAGAAAACAGACAAAGAACACCCCUUAUUGUACUGAAGCAGAGGCUAAAAAGGAUUACUUAAGUAAAGCUGCAGAUUUUAUUGAGGAAUUAUCUUCACUUUUUAAAACAACAAGUACAAAACGGAUUAAACCUAGAACCUGUAAAAACUCACGAAGCAGGGCGCAGACAAAGCUUGGCUCACAAGCUCAACAUUCAUCUUGGUCUGUCGACGAGAGGGAGAGAGUACAUGUACCAUUUUCGGCUCAGUUGAAUGACAAAAUCAUAACUAAAGAGGAAUCUGAAGCGAUAGCACAAGCUCCAGUUAUAUCAGCAGGUACUGAGACACUAACAACUGAAGCUAAAGCAACUGAAAUUCAAUCAAGACCUCUUUACAUUGAAGGUAUUGAAGGAAAUCCACCACGAUUCAUUCAGCGAUUAAAGAGCAGGGAAGCAGCAGAGGGAAGCAUAGUCCAGCUCGAAUGCAUUGUGACAGGAUCACCAACGCCAGAAGUAAGGUGGUAUUGUGAAGGAAAGGAGCUCAAGAAUUCACCUGAUAUUCAGAUUGGUUAUGACGGUAAUCAUUACACACUGACCAUUUCUGAGGCUUUUGAGGAGGAUACGGGACGCUACACUUGCUUGGCUUCAAAUAUAUAUGGAUCAGACACAACAUCUGCUGAACUGUAUAUAGAAGGACUCUCUUCAUCUGAAUCUGAACAAGACUCUGUCCAGGAAGAUAUGACUCGGGUUCAGGAUAAGAUUGACAUUACUGUUGCAACUUCGCCUCCUCCCUCCAAUCCUGCAACAGUUCAGUCAGAGUUUCACCAGUCACAACCUACAGUCAAACAGGCUCCAGUGCGACCACUUCAGCAGAUACAAAGCCCAACAAGUUUAUUGCAGGGAUUGGACGGACUACCCCUCAUGGCUGCUCCAGUUUUUACAAAGCCAUUGCAAGAUGUGACAGCCAAAGAGGGGCAGCUGGUUGUGUUGGAAUGCCGAAUUAAAGGAUCACCAUUCCCAAAAAUCGAAUGGUACAGGGAGGAAACUUUAAUAGAAGAUUCUCCUGAUUUUCGAAUCCUGCAGAAAAAGCCACGGUCAAUGAGUGAUGCUGAAGAGAUCUGCACCCUGGUAAUUGCUGAAGCUUUCUCUGAAGACUCUGGGACAUUCACUUGUACAGCCAGCAAUAAGUAUGGCACAAUGUCGAGUUCUGCUCAACUCACUGUUCACGGGACUGAAGAUAAUAAUGCUGUCAGUACGAAUGCUUCAAGCUCUGUGCAGGCCCAGCCAGACAAAACACACUUGCAACCUUCUGACCACUUGAAACCCAAACUGGAAGGUGUUCUUGUGAACCAUCAGGAUCACAAACCCAAAGCUGGGCUAAGAGUGCACUUCAAUUUGCCUGAAGAUGACUCAGCAAGUGAGUCUUCAAUUGAACGGGAGCACAUUUCAGGAAAUGGGCAGAAUUCCUGGGCUUCAGGGCUAAUUUCACCCACAAAGGAGCCACCACCAGUAUUUGCAAAACCAAAACUUGAUCCUGUCCAGUUGCGACAGCUACACAACCAGGUCCUACUCGAACAACAAGAAGCAACCCUGCACCAGUUGCCACAGCAGUCUCCUCCGAUGUCCUCCUCACUGCCAACUGCAUUUCCAUCUACCAUGAAUCUUGUCAAUUCUGCUCCUCAACCAUCUGUGCAGCCAAACCAAUCUAGCAGAUCACCAACACCAAAAAACACCCAACCUCAGUCAUUCAGUUAUGCCCGGCCAAAGCAGUUUGUUGCUACUCAGAAUUUUGUGCCAGCAGCUGUCCAAAGUUAUUCCCCCUCACUUUCUCCUAUGCCCGUGAUGAACACGGUAUCUGAAAGAAAGCAGUAUGGUGAAGAGAAUUACUUUGGAUUUUCACUCACACCAGCAUUUCAAGUUCCUGCUAAAUAUGCCAGUCAGAGUUUGCCAACCCCACUUUUACACAGUUCCUCCACCACAAGUGCUGCAGGACAAUCCACUCCUUCCCCAGUUCCUCCUCUGCCAGUUUCCCAACCUCGGAUUGUAUCACCAACUUCCAUUAAUGCUGGUAACUCUUGCCCGAGUCCAGUUCAGAAUCCUGUGGCUUUCCUCAGCUCUGUACUACCAUCAUUGCCCUCUGCACCAAAUACUAAUGCCAUGGGUCUUCCCAAGAGUGCUCCAGCAAUCCCUCCACAGGGUAUCUUGAAGAAAGUGCCCAAAUCACCUCGAACAUCCAUCAAUGAUGAUAUACAGGAUAGCAAGGAUGCUGUAAUACAUGACCUGGACAGAAAGUUACGCUUCAGAGAUGAUGUUCCUCAAACUGGCCAGCAGGACCUUAAAUAUCUGGUAGAGUCAACUCACAACAGCCUUGAUCAGCAACAGGAAUACAAAGUGUCCAACUUCGAACAAAGACUUAUGAAUGAAAUUGAAUUUCGCUUGGAGAGAACUCCUGUGGAGGAAUCUGAUGAUGAAAUACAACAUGAGGAUAUUCCUACGGGGAAGUGCAUUGCACCGAUCUUUGAUAAGAAACUCAAACAUUUUCGAGUGGUUGAAGGAUCGCCAGUGACAAUAAGCUGCAAACUUGUGGGAAUACCAGUUCCAAAAGUAUACUGGUUUAAGGAUGGAAAACAGAUUUCCAGGAAGAAUGAGCAUUUUAAGAUGAAGCGUGACGGUGAUGGUACAUGCUCACUGUAUAUUGAAUCAGCCACUAAUGAUGAUGACGGAAACUACACAGUUAUGGCCGUAAAUCCCCAGGGAAGAAACAGUUCCUCUGGUCAUCUCUUGGUACAGAGUACUCCAAUACGUGGCCGUAUGGUACCGUCAGUUCAGAGCAAAGGGACAAGAUCUCGUGUAUCCCAGGGAGAAGAACCUGUACAGGAACGUUUCUUCUGUCCCCAUUUUCUUCAGGCUUCUGGUGACAUGAUUGCCCAUGAAGGUCAGAUUUGCCGAUUGGACUGCAAGGUGAGUGGGCUGCCAAAUCCUGACCUCAUGUGGCUGUUGAAUGGUAAACCGAUCCUGCCAGAUGCUACCCACAAGAUGCUCGUGCGUGAGAAUGGAAUUCACUCCCUCUUGAUUGAGCCCCUCACACCAGCAGAUGCAGGGACUUACACAUGCAUUGCAACAAACAAGGCAGGACAGAGUUCCUUUAGCUUGGAGCUGUCUAUUGUAGCAAAGGAAAUUACAAAGGCACCAGUAUUUAUCGAGAAACUGCGGAACACAGGAGUGCCAGAGGGCCACCCAGUCAGAAUAGAGUGCAGAGUAGUGGGCAUGCCACCUCCAAUGAUCUUCUGGAAGAAGGACAAUGAGACCAUCUCUCCCUACAGGGACAGGAUAAGCAUACAGCAGGAUACCACGGGCUAUGUCUGUCUCCUGAUUCAGCCAACUAAGAAGGAAGAUGCUGGGUGGUAUACUGUGUCAGCCAAAAAUGAAGCAGGAAUAGCAUCUUGUACAGCCAGAUUGGAUCUAUAUGCCCAGUGGCACCGGCACAUCACACAGCCAAUAAGGAAAGUGCGUCCUUCAGGCAAUCGAUAUGCAGCUCUUGCUGGUCAAGGACUUGACUUUAAAUCUGCCUUCCCGUCUGUGGACAGCUUGCAGUUCCUAACCAAACAGGAUGUGAUGGAGAGCGAUGAACUGUGAAGUUAUUUCAGUAUGUUUGCUUUUGCAGGACUUAGAACUGUGAAGAUAAGAGAGGCCAAGUGAUUCAAGGUUUACAUGAAGUUGGUUUUCUAUGACCUUGGUGCUUUUGUGAAUGUUGCAAGUGACACAGUUAAAAGUGCUGAUUUUAAGUAGAGCGCAACGUCUGUAUACAAGCAAUAUGUAAUUCCUUGUCAGUGUAAUUGGACUGUUCAGGUUUAUGAAUACAAAUGCCAAUGAUGCCCCAGUUAAAUAGGAUGACACUGUUUAAUAAUCAUGCUAAAUUUGAUGAUAGUCACCAACAAAUAUCACAUUUUUUGAAUGUCUCUUAUUUCUGUGUCUGUGGGGAUUUUCAAAAGUGUUGCGAUAAAGUGGUCAAAGUAUCAAUUGGCACAAUAUGAAUUGUUUGAUUUUCAUCUGCAACAGGAUACUUUUCACUCAAAUGUGGCUUGCAAACAGCUCAGACAUGCUCCGCAAAUCCAUAGCAGAUUGAAUCGCCUGUGUUUCUUUAUUAUAAUCCAAACUGGUACAGUACAACACAUUAUUUGUACCAGUUAUACCCAUUGACUGCAGUGGACAAAGUUACUCCGGGAUUUCUGUGCUUAUUUAUAACAAUGCAACUGAAUCUGCUUUUGAUUGUUUAUUAAAAAGGUUGAUUUUCUUUCCUCAGAACUAGUUAGCCAGUAAUUUAUACUUUUAUGCAUAAAGUAGCUAAUCACAAUGCAACUCCUAAUUGUGGGGCUCCCUGAAUAUACGUCACUAUUCACAUCGGCCAGGAUUUUGCAGUUGUAAUGGUGGCAAAACAGAAUUAUCUGCAUUUUCCUAGAGAAAUUGCAACACGCUCUAAAGUCUUCAAAGCGCAGUUAAAUUGGGAAGUCGCUACCAGUAAUCUCCUGUAUCUCCUCAGUGUGCACUGUUAACAAUUUUCCCAGAGGGAAACCAAUUAGAAAUCGCUGAAUUGGUGUGAACUUCCACUGUCUGCUGGUAAACAGCCUUUCUGGCCACAAAAAUAAAUUUUAUAACUAUGUAAGGUCAAAUUUCUCUUUUUUCUCUAGAUAUUAAAAAAUAUAUUUUUAAAUUUAAUAACAUUUCUGCUUUUGCCUUAAUCUGAUGUCUAUGUCACAACCUUAUAUUGCUUUCCAUAAAAUUAUACAAAAUGAUUGAUAAUAUCUACUUAUUAUUGCCUGGUUUUCUGUCUGUUGGAAUACUUCAAUGUUAUUGGUUGCUUAACUUGCUUGAUGGCACACUGUUGCUGUAUACAUGAGAUUAUCUUUAGUUGAUGGCAGAAUGAAAUUAACUUCAGGAAAAACGGUGAAAGCCGCCAGUCUGCCUAGAAUUGCUACAAAUUUAAAGAUUUGAUCCGAGGUAAAGUGAACCAUAUAGUCGUGAGUCUGGAUUAAUAUUACGUUACGUUAUACAAGGGAUAUGGGCAUUGCUGGCAAGGUCAGUAUUUGCUUCUCGUCCCUAAUUGCCCUUGAACAGACCGUCUUGCUAGGUCAUUUCAGAGGGCAGUUAAGCAUCAACCACUUCACUGGGCCUAGAGUCACAUGUUGGCAAGACUGGGUAAAAAUGGCAGAUUUUCUUCCCUGGAGAAUAAUUUUUUUCUAAAUCCAUAACCAUUUCAUGAUUAUUACUUUCAAUUCAAGAUUGAUUCAUUGAGUUUAAUUUCCACAAGCUACGAUGGUAGGAUUUGAGCCCAUAUCCUCACAGUAUUGGCCUGUGCUUCUGGAUUACCAGGUCAGUGAUAUUACCAAUACACCACCACUUCUCUCUAAUGCCGGCACUUCCCUACUGACUGCAAAGUUUGGGUGUGCUACUAAUUCUGUCUGGUUAUUGAACCCCCAUGACUACUGGGUAUAAUGCCUGGAACUUCACCUCUUCUCUCGUCAACAAUAUAUGACUUGAUAAAUACUCACCUGUACAAAGUUUACUUUGGCAUUUCAUGCACACUAACAACUUACUUGUUAAGAUGUCACAUAUACCCAACCAUAUCCCACCAAAUGAAUAUAAAGGAAUUGCUCCUCAACAAUUAAAUUUAUUUUUAUUUUGCAGGUACAUUUGACAGUUAAAUAAUACGAAGUAGCCUCUUAGAUUCUCUUUAAACAAAAUGCUUCAGGUUGUUUAGCAGUAAACAGCGCUUUUCCUGAUUCAGUUUAUAAAGGCCGCACUAUUACAUGAAGUGCCAAGUAGAAGGCAUAUUUAGUUUAAGUCAAGUGUUUUAAUGUAAACUUGCACUUGUAAAGAAAUAAUGGAUUGUUUGUCUAUGAAUAA